ACAUCCGCCCGGCAGAGCUCCUAAACCUCAAGCAGCUGCCAGGAGACCCGUUUCAAUUAGGACACACGUCUGGAGGCCACCCCAAGGUGGCUGGGGGCAGAAUGGGGCAGGGAGGCCCUGCAAUUCCAGGGUUGCCCAGGCACUGGGAAUCCUGGCUCUCAUCAUAAUGGGCUGAGGUUCUGGGGACAAGCUGAGUGGCAGCUCUGAGCCAGCUGAGCCCAGGGAAGCUUUGAGGCACACAGGGUCCCUGGGGGGGCCUGAGGGCAGCCAUGAGGAGGCACAGCGAGACAGACGUGGAGGAGCAGACCCAGGAGCUGAAGACCAUCACUCGGCUCCAGGAGCAGUGUCGGGCACUCCAGAUCCAGGGGAUGAAAGAGAAUACGGACCAGAACAAGGCCACGCUGGCUCUCCUGCGCAGCAACAUCCGCCGCGGGGCCCAGGACUGGGCUUUGGCCAAGAAGUAUGACCAGUGGACCAUCUCCAAGGCCUGCGGGAAAAACUUGCCUUUGCGACUGGCGCACUGCCGCAGUACCAUGGAGGUGGCGCGGGAGAAGCUGCGCAAGUACGUCUUCGACCGCGUGAACACGCACAACCUACUGAUCCACCUGGUGCGGCGGCGCGGGCAGAAGCUGGAGAGCAUGCAGCUGGAGCUGGCCAGUCUGCGGAGCCAGCCGGACGCCAGCAAGGAGGAGCUGCGGCUGCUGCAGAUCAUCCGCCAGCUGGAGAACAACAUCGAGAAGACAAUGAUCAAGAUCAUCACCAGCCAGAACAUCCACCUGCUGUAUUUGGACCUGCUGGAUUAUCUGAAGACAGUGCUGGCAGGAUACCACAUCGAGCUGGACAAGUUGCAGAACCUCGUGGUCAACUACUGCGCAGAGCUGUCGGAUAUGAAGAUCAUGUCCCAAGACGCCAUGAUGAUCACGGAUGAGGUCAAGAGGAACAUGAGGCAAAGGGAGGCGUCCUUCAUCGAGGAGCGCAGGGCGAGGGAGAACCGGCUCAACCAGCAGAAGAAGCUGAUCGACAAGAUCCACACGAAGGAGACCAGCGAGAAGUACCGCCGGGGCCAGAUGGACUUGGACUGCCCCUCCAACCUGAUGAGCAUGGAGAUCCUGAAAUUUAAGAGACAAGAGACCUCCACAGCGGAAAUGGAAUACCAGGCGGGCGUGACUGCUGUGGUGGACACGGUCAAGAGCGCUGUACGGUGCUCUCACGUCUGGGACAUCGCUGGCCGCUUCCUGGCCCAGAGAAACACGGAGGAGAACCUGGAGCUGCAGAUGGACGACUGUGAGGAGCGGCGGCUGCAGCUGAAGGCCCUGGUGAAGCAGCUGGAGCUGGAGGAGGCCGUGCUCAAGUUCCGCCAGCAGCCUAGCUCCAUCAGCUUCAAGUCCAUUGAGAAGAAGAUGACAGACAUGCUAAAAGAGGAAGAAGAGAGACUCCAGCUCGCGCAGAGCAACAUGACCAAGGGCCAGAAGCUGCUGCUGACCAUCCAGACGGGCAUCGACAACCUCUAUGUCCGGCUAAUGGGCAUCACCUUGCCUGCAACCCAGAAAGAAGAAGUGCCCUCCGACACCCUCGAUUUGAACAGCAAGCUGGCGUACUGCGAGGGGAAGCUCACAUACCUGGCUGACAGAGUGCAGACGAUGUCCAGGACCGAGGAGGGUGACACAAAGGUGAGGGAUGCCCUGGAGUCCUCGACUCUGAAGGAGAAGUACAACACCAGGAUCCGCUUUGAGGACCGCGAGGAGGAUAUGAUCGGAGGAGGCAUGACAUGCCAGACAGGCCCGCAGGAGAGGCACCAGGGCUGGAGCAGGGAGGCCCCGGGCACCUCUCACCUGGAGGAGGUGCGGGGAAACCUGCCGGCCUUGGCGCUUUCAACGGGAUUUUUCUUUGUUGACUUCCUACUGAGUUCGAAGGCAGAAUAUUAG